AUGAGGUUGUGUAACACUGAUUCAAGGUCUCUCAUAUUCUUUCUCGAAGCUUCUGCACUUCAGUGGGAUAUGCACACAAUGAAAAAUAUCAGCAGUGGUGGUGGCAGCAUAGAUAAGAGUAAUAAGGGAGAAUCAAGGGAAAGCAUCACUGGAAUUCUCAACCCAACAAUAUGUCUCCACCUGGGUGAUGUUCUACUGUUCACUGUCACCACUCGUCACUAUCCUCAGUAUGAUAUUGACAACCUGUACAACACGAACAGUGAUUUUGACUGGGGUACAUUGAGAAAACUAAAAGAGGAGCUGACUCUGUCGUGGACACCUCCCAGCUUCUUUUCAUUCGUCUUUAACCAGGCUGGAGUGUAUGUUUUUAAACUCAGCAGCCAUCACUACAAACGUAUGUAUGUGCGGGUGAUGCCUGCGGGUGGCCAGUGUUAUGAGCCAGGGCCCUUCUUCGCAACUAUUCCACGCCACAUGACCAGAGUGGGCAUCAGGAGGAGAAGAAACCUCUUACUCCAUCCCGACUGGCUGGUGACGGGAGGACUUCUGUUUGGAGCUGCGCUCAUCUUGUGUUUAUGCGUGACAGUCUUGAUCCUUUUCCACGAGUAUGGUUGGCCAGAGAAGAAGCCAAUCAGAGCACGGUAUCACUCGGGGCAGAUGUCCUAUCACAUGGAGGAUUAUGCAUCAAAGGGUUCAAGGGUGAUCUCCCAAAUGAAGAUUCACAGAAAACAACAGGCCACAAUGACGUUGAGCUCCAUUCAACAUGAGGCGUCAGAGGAGUUCUGGGAUUACGAGCACCAGGUGGAUCUGGAGGCCUUCAGCAGCAACACUUUCUAUAACCUGCUGCUCAAACACAGCGUGUCAGUCACCGCUCGCCUGGGGCAGCUCACCACCGAGGUCAAGGAGCUUUACCAGGGCGUUCUGGAGAAACUACGGCUUCUCCACCCUUGCUUGGUGGAUGAGGAGAGCAAGGGGGAGGUUCACGACAAGACGAGGACAGAGGUGGAGAAGGAGGUGGUCCGCAGGAGGUCUUUGGCUGCACACCUGAGGACGCAGCUCCACAGUCAGCUUCAGGUUCUGAGACAAGAGCAGCAGGCGCAGCAAAAGGUCCACAGUGUGUUCACAGCUCAAAUGCGAGAAUGCACCAGAAUACUGGGCAAGGCCAAUCAGAUAUCUCAUGCAGAGCGCCAACAAAUUUUGAUCCAGCGGUUGAGGUCCGUGGUGGUUGAGAUGGGGGGACUGGUAUCAGCAGAAUGCCAGCGUCAGGGGUCCUGGGGGCUCUUGGGCGAAGGCACAGGGGCUAAACUGCUCUGUCCGGACAGCGCCACAGUGCUGAACAAAGACAGCAUCUUCGGUUCUGAUGGGUCCCUUCGAGACUGUUGUCCAGCUCAUUAUGACACAGUCACAGGCCUCAUUAGACCAAAUGCUCACAGCCACAUGCUGCUGGGCAAUGGUCACAUUAUGGCAAUUCCUUCCGAUUUCUUCCUGCAUCCGCAAACCGGCCGUGUUCUUCCCAUUGUUGGGAACGUUGCCUAUGACCCCGAAAGCUCCACUUUGGUGUUCACGACUGACCCGUGUGCAGGAGACAACAGGAAAUGGGAAAGUCCUCUUAUUCCUUUCAUUCCAUACCCGACCUCCUGCCACUCAGACCAACCUCUGCCCAGCAUCCGGCUGCGAGGCCUCCGACCGGGCCAGAAACUGCAGCUAAGUGCCCCCGUGGCAGACGCAGACACUGGGGUUCCAGUGCCUGUUCUAGCUGUUACCAUCCACCCACAAACUGGUCUGGUCUACCCACUGGGAAGGAUUCAUUUGUGUCCUAUAACCCGUUUGCUGCAACCCGUCCAAAUAGGCUAUCCAAUGCUGGAUCCCAAGUCAGGAAACGUUGUGCUAACUGUUGGCAUCAGUCUAGAUCCAAUGACAGGUGUUGUGCUGCCAGUAGGGGGAGUCCUGCUGGGUGAGUCCUUUAUUGAGCCCCUGAGUGGGAAGAUGGCGAGGGUGGGAGGUGCGAGCAUUCAAGCUGGGCAGUUGGUGCCUCAUGCUGGAGGAUACCAGACUCUUUUAGACAGCAAGGUUCUGACUUUCAUGUUCAAAAUAGUGGAGCUCCUGAGGCCCCUGAGUGAGGAGUGGGGGUUGGAACCAGUUUUGCAGGGAGGCGAGCGAGGGCGUCAGUGGCAAGAUCGUAUCGGUGCAGCGGCCAUCGAGCUCCAUCAGCACUGGAGGAGGAGUCAGCAUUGCCAGCUGCAGCUCCAGACCAGGCUGGAAAUCAUGUUGGACACCACGGUGGGCCUGCAUCAAAAUGGAGGCUCCCUAGGAGAGAUGGCUCUGUCAGGCUCGGACACAACAGUACCUGCCUUGUUGGGGCUGGACUACCCCGACCCAUUGGGAUCUGGUCUCAGUGUACCCGUGUUGGGGUGCCAGGUUGACCUUGUCUCAGGGAGAACAGUUGGGCUGGCAGGGACCAUGGAGGACCCAGAUGGCAAUGGUCUGGUGGCGAUCCGUUAUGGCUCUCAGGCUGUUGAUCCUGUAACAGCUGCGGUGGCACCAGUGGUUGGUGCCAGGCUGGAUGUGUUCACCAACACAGUUGUACCCAUCACAGCCUCCUACUGGUUGGCUGUGGCGGAUCAAACUGACAGCAUGCAGGUGGAGACUCUAGAGAGAGAGAUGUGUGCACGGAAUACUUAUUGGCAGCAGCAGAGACGACGGGAAGAGGACAUCCUCUCUGAUGCGGACUCAACUGUGUUCCAGUGUUUUCUCAGGGUGCAGUUGUCAGGCAAGCCGUUGAGGGAGGCCGCUGUGGAAAUGCACGACUUAGCGCAGGCUGAGGCCCAGAGGAGAGCGGCCCAGCGUGCCACUUUGGCUCUGAUUCUUCCUCCGCAUUUAGUGAACAUCCUCAGCCUCGUCGAUGAAGAAGAAUGGGAUCAGCACUGCGUUUGGUACACUGAGUUGGUGUCAGGCCUCGACAUGGUGGAUGUGUGCAUGCAGCAGCUCCAACAAGACCAGGACAAAUGGAGCAUGCAAAAAGGAGACGAGAGGACAACGAGUGCCCAUGUUAUGGACAGGGAGCCGAGGCUGGGAGAAAUUUGGGAGCGAUGUUCUUCCAGAUUGUUAGAUUUGGAUGUUGCACUCAUUAAGCUGCAUUUUGUUCGACACCUUUCCAACCUGCGUGGUGACACAGCUCAGGCAGUCUUGUGUGGAAACUUCUGGUACAGGGAAUAUGGCCUGAUCCGGUUUUGUCAGCCCAGACCGACUGGGAACAUUGUGAGUUUGCUCCAAUGGAAGAUCUUACCCCUUUUGGAAAGAAUGAACCAACAAUUUGUGGGUGAUAAACAGCAAGUCACUCUCAAGGCUAACACCAGUCAUCAGUGCGCUUUUGGGACUGAUCUGCAGCCAGAUAGAGCAGGUGCUCCACCAAGUAAAAUUGCUGUCCCGACAAUUCCAGAGGACGAAUGGACAACGCUGCUGGAAGUUUCUCCUCUAUUCCAGGUCUUGAAAGGAGUGGAGCAAGAGCUGAAAGACAAGCGCGCCAACAGUUUUGUGGACGUCCUGGAAUGUCAGUGGAAAUGUGAGGGAGAAUUGAUCCCAUUAAACCCAUCAGGCCUCAACCCCAGAGAAUUCUUAGUGUACCAGCAUGGACUUUUCCUCAUUCAUACCUUGCAUGGUCUGCAACUGACUCCAACUGUUUCGCUCCAAUUAGCUGCGAGUCUUCCCGAUAACAACUACCACAACAAUGCCUUCAGGAAUUCCUUCUUUUAUCAGGAAGCAGAUGAGACACUCUUUGUUCGACGCCAGAGGCUCCAGUCUGUUGGGGGCUUUUCCCUGCUUCUGCUGCACUGUUUGUCCCAUGUCGCAACCAAAGACAUGAGCAACGAUUCCGCCCCUGCCUUUGGGAGACUCUUCUGUAAGGUACUGCAGGCAUCUCUUGGGGAGCUAUUCCAGGCUAAACUCAGCUUGGAUUCCUCAGCACACGAAGCCCAUUGGUCGUUUCGAGAUGACAAAUCCUCUUGGGGUCACUCGAAGUCUUUCAGUCUGCUCGACUGUGGGGAUCGCUCUGCUUAUCUAACGGAGGCAAGCAGAGCGCCACUCUCUCAACACGACAUGGAGGAUCUUGGGAGGAAACACAGAGAAACAUCUCUGGUCUCCCAACUCGAAGGAGUUUUAAGAAAAUGAAACACAUCGACAGAAGAAGACCGAAAGCACCAAUACAUUUGAAUAGCAUCAUUGGGCAGCCGUGUCCCAAUGGUUAAGAUCAUCGCCUGCCACCGUCGGGGACCUAGGUUCAAGACCCCGACUGGACCAUCCACCAACAUCCCCUGGGCUCACAGUUGUGGUGUCCUUGAGCAAGACACUGAUACCCUGAAAUGCUCCCCGGGCGCUUCAGCGGCCCCCUGCUCCAGUGUGUUCCCCUAACAUGUGUAUGUGCUCACUAUGAUGGGUAAAGCGCAGAGAACAAAUUUCAUGUGCAUGCAUGUAUGUUCAUGACAGUAAAGGUGACUCUUCUUCUUAUUUAAGUGCAGUUUUUAUUGUCUUAUA